AUGGCCUCCACGUAUACACCCAACAUCGACCACAGACCCAUCCCUCGCAAGGUCCUCAAAGCAUCUUGCCGAUAUAGCGCACGAGACAUCUCCGGCCAAAGCGGCGUCGCCCGAGCAUUCAAGGUCGCCACCUCAAGAGCCCCCACUAGACGAAGCACGCCUCCUGUUUACUGUUAUAGGAUGUCCCACAACUUCGACCUAGACCAUCUAGCAGAAGACUCGUAUCUUUCAGGCAGAGCAAGACUCAAACGCUGCCAGCUUCCACAGUCAAAGGGACCGUAA